CUGGAAGGAGGAGACGAGCCUCACCCAAUUGAAUGAAUGUAAUUAAGCAACAAGCUACUGAAUUCCUGACCCGAAACAAGCAUUCCCUAGAGGUUUUUGAGCGCGUUGUGUGAGAUAGGUAAAUAAGGGAGACAUAGUAAAGUGACCUGUAAGAGAAAUUCCACGUGCGAGUCAGGUGAUGAUCAAUGGCACGUUUUGCUCUCUGCUCCCCUUCUGCACUUAAUCUUCCAUAUCACGUCGUCAGAUUCCUUCGUUUCCGACCAACCACAUACUUAGUUGGUGGAACAUGUCAACAUUUGUGGCCUUCUAGUAGUCCAAGAACACUAGACUGGACAAGCAAGACAUCUGGGGCUCAGCAGACUCGUGAUGGUCCAGGGAGGGUGAGUAAGACAUCAAUCUUAAUAUAGAAGCAGUAUGCUCGCUAACAGGUGAUGUGCGAUUUCUUAUGUACUCUGUGCUACUAGUCAUGACUGUCUGGCAUAAACCUUAGCCGACAGCAUCUGUGGAGAUAAAGAUCAACAUGUUUGUUUCUAUCCGUGACGGUGGUUCCAGGAACGUCCCGAUACCCGAGAACACCCAUCACAAAGUUAACCCUCAGGU